GACGAGGUAAUGCCGGUGCGGGACGGGACGCGAAUUCGAAAGGACUUUGGCCAGUUCGAAAGGAUCUCACUUUUCUAUCCUCUGUGAUAUUUUGUAAGAUGAUUUCUUCCAUUUGUGUCAGCCUUCAGGUAAACAAAGACUGCAGCACCGGCCAACGCAGAGACUCUCCAGUGCAUCCUUGCAUUUUACUUAUUCUCUUGCUAAAGACCUACAUCAGGUUCACUGUCUCAAUGGAAGUGGUACCAGCCUGGGCCCCAGCAGUAGGUUUCAUGCUCCUGCCACAUGCAGGAGGAUUUUUAGGAAGCCGUAUAACCAAAAGAGAAAUCCCAACAUGGUAUGAAACUCUGCAGAAGCCAUCCUGGUGUCCACCUAACUGGGUGUUUGCUCCUGUUUGGGGAACUCUCUAUACAUCUAUGGGAUACGGCUCCUACCUGGUGUGGAAGGAACUGGGGGGCUUCAGUGAAAAGUCAGUGGUUCCUCUGGGUCUGUAUGCAGGGAACCUGGCAUUAAACUGGGCAUGGACUCCAAUAUUUUUUGGAGCUCACAAAAUGGGAUGGGGGUUGGUGACUCUCCUGCUUACAACUGGUACAGCAACAGCUACCACUGCUUCCUGGUAUAACAUCAACAAAACAGCAGCUUAUUUGAUGGUUCCUUAUUUAGCUUGGCUAAGCUUGGCUUCUGCACUCAAUUAUCAGAUCUGGAAAGAAAAUCACAGCAAGAAAAAACCUGAAUAAGCAGUUUUCAGCCAAAACCAUUUUUUUUCCCCCAAUUAUUUUUUAUAUAAAGUUAUGGCCUUAUUUUAUUUUUAGCUGAACUACUUCUACCAUUACUUUGGUAACUACAAGUUGACAAAACAAAUACAACUUUAUUAGGCAAGCCACAAUGGGGUGUAUGUCUGACUGGGUUUUAUAGCAAACUAAAAGAAAGUCUUGAUUGAAAAGU